AUGAAAGCUCUUAAACCUCUUCCUUUCUCUUCUUCCUUAUAUUGCCUUUGGCUAUUUCUCUUUGUUUCAUCACUUUCCACCUUUUGUCUUUGUAAUCAUAACUCUGAUCCUGUACUUUGUAUACCCACCGAACGAUUGGCUCUUAUCCAGCUCAAGAACGAUCUCAUUGAUCGUUCCAACCGUCUAUCAUCAUGGCUUGGCAAAGAUUGUUGCAGUUGGUCCGGUGUGGUCUGUGACAAUUCCACUGGUCACGUCCACGAGAUUCACCUUCGUGGACCUGAUGAUGGAAUUAGUGGCCAUUGUCAUGGAUCUUAUGACACGGAAAAUGAACUUUUAGAAGCAUCAAAACAAAUGUUAGGAGGAACCAUAAGUCCUGCUUUGAUCAACUUAACACAACUCAGGUACCUAGACUUGAGCUGUAACGAUUUUAACUUAACCUCAAUACCAUCGUUCAUUGGCUCGUUUAAGAAUUUGACCUAUCUUAACAUCUCAAGUUCGCAAUUCGGUGGGGACAUCCCUCACCACCUAGGAAAUCUUUCUACGUUACGUGUGCUAGAUCUUUACAGUGUUUCCUUUUUUUGGGAUCUUCAUUCAAGUAGCUUGGAAUGGUUACGUAGUCUCAAAUCGUUGGAACACCUAAAUAUGGGUCGAAUUGGCCUUGUAGACGCUUCAGAUUGGUUAGAGGUGAUUAGUACACUUCCUUCUUUGCUAGAACUACAUCUUCCUUCAUGUGGGUUAACUCAAAUUCAUAAUAAUCAAACUAGUGUUGAUUUUACUUCCCUGACUGUCCUAGAUCUUUCGGAUAACCUCUUUGAUAGUUUGUUGCCCGGGUGGAUUUUUAGUCUACGUAGUUUAGAUGUAUUAGAUCUUACUGGCUGUUAUUUUCAUGGUCUAGAUACCGGAAUUCAUGGUGGUUUCCAUAGCAUGCCUUCUUUGAGCUCUCUCCGUGUUUCAAGUAACACAUUUAUGAACUCUUCAUGGUUGCUAAAAGGUUUGCCGAGCUUAACUAAUCUUCGUUUUCUUGAUGUUAGUAACUGCAAUAUUUCUGCGCCGCUUCUUGGAAGCCUAAAAAACUUGUCUUUGAUUGUUCAUCUCGACUUAGCCAACAAUAAGAUGGUUGAGGAGAUACCUACGUCUUUAAGUAAUCUAUGUAAUUUAAAACACCUUGAUCUCCAAGGUAACCUUAUUUUUGGAAAUGUGUCGGAACUUCUUGAUAGAUUUUGUGAAUGUGAGUCACCCAAACUAGAGUUAUUAGCUUUACGUGGCAAUUCUAAUCUAGUUGGUCGACUACCUGAAAAACUAGGAAGAGUGAAGAAUCUAGGAAGCAUUGAUCUUUCUUACAAUCAGUUAACAGGGACCAUUCCAGAUUCAUUAGGAAGUUUGUCACUCUUGAAAACAUGUCAACUCAUGUUAAAUCAACUCUCGGGUCCAAUCCCAUAUACAAUUGGUGAUUUAUCGUCUUUGACUUUCGUGGAUCUUUCAUCCAAUAAUUUAAAUGCAAGUCUUCCCGAAAGUGUUGGACGACUGGGGAACCUGGAAUUUUUAGCUCUUCAUCACAAUUCAUUAGAGGGUGUUUUAACUGAAAAACACUUCUUCAAUCUAACAGCCUUGAAAACUUUGUGGAUUGGGGACAAUAAGUUAGUCUUUAAGCUAAAUGCUAACUGGAAUCCGCCAUUCCAUCUUGAUGUUUUAAGAGUAGGUUCUUGCAGUCUAGGCCUUCGGUUUCCAUCGUGGAUUAAAACACAAACAGACCUAACUGAGUUAGACUUAUCCAGCUCAAACAUAUCUGACAUCAUUCCUGAUUGGAAUUGGUUACAAUUAUCGAGUAGUGUAAGAUACUUGAAUAUAUCCCACAAUAACAUUCAAGGAAAGUUGGGAGAUGUUAGUUUUCUUACACCCGGAGGAGUACUAGAUCUGAGUGACAAUCAAAUACUUGGUGUAUUACCUGGGUUUUUCAAUAAACCCGACUUGAGUUUCCUAGAUAUUUCGAACAAUUCUCUUUCAGGAUCGCUAAAUCAGUUCUUGUGUUCUGGCAUCCAAGAACCGAGACAAUUAAGUGUUCUUAAUUUAGCAAACAAUAACAUGUCAGGAGGUAUUCCAGAUUGUUGGAUGAAUUGGGAGUCUCUAGUUUUCUUGAACCUAGAGAAAAACAAAUUUUCUGGUAUAAUUCCACCCUCGAUAGGAAAUCUUCCUUCUUUGUUAGCAUUGGAUAUGCGCGGCAACAAGCUAUUUGGGAACUUACCGGUGUCUUUAAUGAAUUCCAAGACCUUAAUAAUAAUUGAGCUUGCAGAAAACGAGCUUAAUGGAAGAAUACCGGGAUCAAUAGGGAGAGACAAUACAAGUCUAAAGCUUCUAAGUCUUAGUUCAAACAAGCUAGAGGGUAAAAUACCAAAUGAAAUAUGUCGUCUCAGUUCUAUUCAGAUCUUGGAUCUUUCUCAUAAUGAUCUUUCUGGGGACCUACCGACAUGUUUUACAAACUUCAGUGUCAUUUCUGGACGUGAAGAGAUCUCAAGUCCAUUUCUGCUUUAUGAUGCGCUUUUCCAAAAUCAUGUUCUGGGGACUGCAUCGUGGGUGACAAAGGGUCGAGUUUCAACAUAUAGAAAUAUUCUUUAUCUAGUGACGACAAUAGACCUUUCACAUAACAAUUUUUCCGGGUCUAUUCCUAAUGAACUUGUCGCACUUUCUGGCUUAAGGUACCUGAAUUUGUCACAAAAUGAUUUAACAGGAAGUAUUCCCAACACAUUCAGCAAAAUGACAAAGCUUGAAUCUUUGGAUCUGUCUGAGAACCAUCUUGAAGGAAAGUUUCCUUUGAGCUUGUCAAGGUUAACUUCUUUAAGUUCGUUGAACGUUUCGUACAACAAUCUUGAAGGGAAAAUCCCAACCGGCCCUCAACUUCAAACCUUCGAUAAGACUAGUUUCAUGGGAAAUGCACUUUGUGGCGAUCCUCUUCCAGCGUGUGUACCAAAUGAUGUUGAUACCAAAGGAUCUGAUGACGAGAAGCAAGAUGAUUCUAAUGGCAUCGAUUGGACCCUGGUGUCAUUUACACUCCUUGGAUUGGUAGUUGGUCUUUGGAUCUUCAUUGGCCCGUUGCUCGUUAGCAAACGAUGGAGAAUUACGUAUUAUCAUCUUCUUGGCAAGAUGAGGAUCAAGUUUCAAGAUUUGCUUCUUCGCAUAUUCCGCUGCUUUAGAACGUGCAGGCCACCGCCCCAAAUAGUUUUUAGCUCAAGCGAUCACGUUGAACAAUUAUAUCUAACGCAGUAUAUAAUCGAUCAACCAAAAGGUUAGUAGCGGCAAAAGUAAAAUUUAUUUAAUUUUCAUUUAUUCUCUAUCGCAGUUUA